ACCAGGCAUUCGGUUGAUACGCACACAGAGUGACUUCGUUUGUUGUUUAGCUGAAGUGUUCCGACAUUCUUUGGAGCCAUCACAAAAAACUUACGUGAUGCAGGCCAAUACUAUGAGUUCUAUUGAAGUCAGUGAGAAUGUUCGUAGACGUAGGGCCACUGUGAACUUGUCACGUUCCCUUGGCUGUCAUAGAUCCACUUAUAAUAGAAGGUGGAAUAAAAUGAAAGCUGCUCUCAUGAAAAAAUAUCACUUUCUUUCGUUUAGUGAGUUUGCUAAUGACAGCACCAUAAAAGAAAUAACGAGAGAAGUCAUUUGUAAUGAAAGUACUUCAACUAGUACACCGUCCACUAGCAACAUCAAUCAAAGGCUUUCACAUAAUAGUGGAUGUACUGAAGUGGACUUGUGCUCUCAAAAGUUUGUGAAUCGCAAAGAACUAAUGAACGACUUUAUAAUGUAUCUAAAGUCAAAUACAUCUCUUAGCAUAAGAGAUGCUGAUCGGGUUUUGUAUGGUCUACGAUUUCUUAUACCGGAAAUACCGAAAAGCAUCAGAAGUGUUCUUAAGACGUGUCCAAGUGUUCAACCAAAGUUCAUUGGCAGUGGGGUUUACUACCAUCUUGGAUUGAAAACCAAUCUGCUAAGAUACGUUGAGCUUUGGUUGUGUACUAUUGAUUUUGACUCUUUAAAUUUAUAUGUUAAUAUAGAUGGACUUUCUAUGUCUAGAAGCUCUAAUCAACAGUUAUGGCCUAUACUAGGACGGAUCAUUACCCCUAGGCUUAGUGACGUGUUCAUGAUAGGUAUCUACGGAGGAAAUAGUAAACCCGCAGAAUUUAACGAAUUUUCUGCGAACACAAUUUCUGAAAUAAAAGAAAUGACUGACGUGGGUCUUUUUAGUGUCAAGUUUAAUAAAUGCAUAGCUAUUCGGUUGGCGGCUGUUAUAUGUGACGCACCUGCUCGUUCCUCUGUUAGGUACACGGUGAAUCAUAACGGUAAGGCAGGUUGCGAUAGGUGUACUGUUCUUGGAAGACGGCUUGAGGGUAAGACAACUUUUGCAAAUGGGGUAUAUACUUUAAGAACAGACGACACCUUCCGUUGUCAGACUCAAUCUAUUCACCAUCAAGGACAUUCUAUAAUGGAAACGCUUUCUAUUAAUAUGAUUGUAGCUUUUCCUCUAGAUCCUAUGCACAUGGUGUACCUUGGAGUUACAAAAAAACUAGCUAAUUUAUGGAUAGAUUUAGCACGCCGAAGAAUGCGGAACUUUAACUCAUGUGCAAUUAGAGACAUAAACAAUUUAAUAUCCGGUUGUGUGGCAAGUACUCCUUCUGACUUUCCCCGUAAAUGCCGUACACUAGACUUUGUAUCGGCAUGGAAAGCGUCUGAAUGUAGGUUGUUCCUGCUAUAUUUAGGCCCGGUGAUUCUUGAAAAGACAUUGCCACAACCUUAUUAUCUUAAUUUCCGGCGUUUAGCGUUAUCCAUGUAUCUGCUUGCACAUCCCAAACUGCAUAAAAGUGUUGUAGAAACCGCCAGAAUGGAAUUACUAAACUUCAUGAAUGAAUAUGAAUGGUGUUAUGGGUGUGAACACUUAGUUUACAAUGUGCAUUCGUUACAGCACCUCCCUGACGACGUUCAAGCACAUGGACCUUUAGAUAGUUUUUCAGCCUUUCCAUUCGAGUCUUAUAUGAGACAAAUUAAGGAUUCCGUGCGUAGUGGGUUUGCAGUGGCUAAGCAAGCAGCACAGCGUUAUGCUGAGAGAAUGUCCUUCAGCGAUAGGCUUCAAAUUAGUGGCUUAACUAAUACUACCCCAAUAGGCACAACUGAUGUCUCUACAAAACAAGUAAUUAUGUUUAACAGUAGUAAAAUUACUACAUGUCAGCCUGAUAAUGUAGUAGUAGUGAACGGCCAGCCAGGUUUAAUCACUGAUAUAAAGGAGGAUGGACUACUAAAAUUUAGGACUUUCACUGACCCACGCAAUUACUUUGAAGAUCCAUUCCCAUCUACUGAUAUUGGAAUUUUUAGGUGCUCCGUAGUUAGCCAUGAACACACAUGGAUAUCACUUAAGGACAUUGAUUGUAAAUGUAUAGCCAUCAACUGUAUCAAUUAUGUAGUUAUAGUCCCAUUGUUGCAUACUGUAUUGUAAAUGUAUUUUGUUUCACUAGUGUUUAUUAAUGACGAUAAAUCAUUUAAUUACGUCUUAUGUUAUUUUCAGCCUGCUAACAAGAAAUACGUCAUUGUUGACGUCUUGAGCAAAAAACAACUAAUGGUAGCACACAAAGAUUGGAUCGUAGGAAAGGAACUGUGCGCUUUUCCGAAAGAGCAUGUCGAUUUACAUCUUCAGAAGAGCGACCAACCGAAUGAAAAUUGGUCAUUUAUGAAAUGUAAAGUGAUUCACGAAUUAGGUACGUUACAUACACAGGAUGGAUAAUUCACCAUAGAUUCUCUCCAGUCGGCAAAAGAUCUGUUAGUUGCCCUACAGAUACUGGAGUCUAAACGGAAAAACACCUCAAUGGAUGAAAACACUUUGCCACUGAACACUGAAAAGCCAAAAAGGUCUGUACAAUAAUCUUACUAACAUUUCGUAGAGGUGUAAUGAAGCGUAAAGAAGAUUUUCUUUACAAUUCAGUAGACAUGGAUGUUGCUGAGAUGCAGUCUAGGAAUGUGCCCGUACAAUAUCCAAAAUUCCGUGUUUUCGAGAAAUUAAUAUCGCCAAUCGCCAAUUCGACACAUUUGGAGACAUCACCUUCGACAUCGGAAUGUAAGCAUGUUGGCGGCGCUAUAGUGGACAAUGAAAGGUUGUAUGCACUGGUGCUGAACAUGUCGUCAGCUAUCAAUGAACUGACAAAAACAAUUAACAACAUGUCGUCCGCCAUUACUGACUUGAAUGUUAAUGUGAACCAACUGCUAUCGAAUUUUCGUGAAAGCGAAAAACCACAUCA